GCAGUUGACAGUGCCGGGGUUAUAUUGCACGGCGCUGGUCUCGCUCCACGUACGGGACGUUGAGAACAUAUGCGGGUGAGGGUUUCCUGAAUAACAGCGUUAGCGUUGUGUUUUUCUAGUCACCAUCGAGGCUCGGUCUGCAUGGGAGCUGUGGAAAUUCAGUCACCGAAACUAGCACGCGCGUACAUCAUAUUUAUUAAUUAUUAUUCUGAAUACACGUUACAGAUUGAACCGAUACACGCGAUGCUGCCACCGUAAGUUAUUGGCAAAAAUUGCGCUAUCAGCUGAAAAAAGCAAAACACAACAAAUAUUAGUUGUUAAAAAUUAUAGCCCACCAACGCUUUGUACAUCAACUAUUCAUCCAUCCUUGGAGCAACAACAAAACACAGCAAACGGCAGUUUCGACCUGAACACAGACAGCAUGCGUAUGCUGUAGGAGUCGCUGAAAGAAGACGACGAUGGUUCUCAACGACACCGGGGCCCUACCCGUGGACCCGGGUCCCACGAAUUCCACGGUGGGCCCACCACGCCUCCGGUCGUGGGGUCUCUUCGACCCCAGCUCCGUGGCCGUCGUGGCCGUCAUGGCCGCGUACGGCCUCGUGUGCCUUGUGGGCCUCUUCGGCAACUCCAUGGUCAUCUACGUGAUCCUGCGCUACACCAAGAUGAAGACGGCCACCAACAUCUACAUCCUCAACCUGGCCGUGGCCGACGAGCUCUUCAUGAUGAGCGUGCCCUUCCUCGCCACGUCCACCGCUCUGCAGCACUGGCCCUUCGGGUCCUCGCUGUGCCGCCUGGUCCUCAGCGUGGACGGCAUCAACAUGUUCACGAGCGUCUUCUGUCUCACGGUGUUGACCUUCGACCGCUACGUGGCCGUGGUGCAUCCCAUCAAGGCGGCGCGCUACCGGCGACCGAGCGUGGCCAAAACCAUCAACGCGGCCGUGUGGGCCCUCUCCAUGGUGGUCAUCCUACCCAUCGUCGUGUACGCAGACACGCGGGUGAACACCGACGGCUCCGUGGUGUGCAACCUGCUGUGGCCUCGCCCGGAGUGGUCGGCCGCGUUCGUGGUCUACACCUUCACGGUGGGCUUCCUGCUGCCCGUGGCCGCCAUCUGCCUCUGCUACGCGCUCAUCGUGGCCAAGAUGCGCUCCGUGGCGCUGCGCGCCGGCUGGCAGCAGCGCAAGCGCUCCGAGCGCAAGGUGACGCUCAUGGUCACCAUGGUGGUGGCCGUGUUUGUCGCCUGCUGGAUGCCCUUCUACGUGGUGCAGCUCGUGAACGUGUUCGAAGGCCAGCAAGGCGCCACCGUCAACCAGCUGGCGGUCAUCCUGGGCUACGCUAACAGCUGCGCCAACCCGAUCCUCUACGGGUUCCUCUCGGACAGCUUCAGGCACUCGUUCCAGCGGGUGCUGUGCGUGCGCUGGGCCGAGCGCUACGGCGCGGAGGACCCGGGAGAUUACUACGCCACCGCUGUGCGCAGCAGGGCGCUGGGCAGCGCUGCGACGGCGGUGGCGGUGGCAGUGGCGGUAGGGAACCAGCACCAGCAGCAGCAGCUCGCCCAGGGCAGCGAGGCGUGCGAGGGUCCGUGCGCGCAUAACGGGACCUGCGUCUCGCGCACCACGCUCCUGUGACCCGCGCCACCUUCACACACCGGGGCUGCGACAGCCGCCGCCGUUGCCGCCGCCGCUACUGCUGUGCCUGCGGCUGUAAGGCUCGCUGAUGAGGUCUCUCGUGCCGUUGAGGAGUGUUCAAUUUAACACGUAGGCUUUCGCGACCAAUUUUAUUCAUAAUCAACGUUUUUGGGUUUAGAUCGCGUUAUUUAUAAAUGUGUCGUACCCCUCCACCACCCGACACGGCCAAUCAGUAAAAAAGUGUCACGUUGACAAAAGACAAAUAGUUCCCUGCUUUAGCCCACCGGUGUGUUUAAGCGUGAAACCACAACAUUUACAAUUUGAGUACGACGUUUCGCUGGUAAUUGCAUCCAGCAUCAUCGGGCAAUUCGCCAGAAUGGAGUGUUCAAAUGAGUGCUUUUACAGCGCUCGGGGCUUGCCCUUUGAGGACCGGGCUCGCUGAUGAGUCGUGAUGCGUUGUGAUGAUACUUGUGCGCUUAUGGGUUGUUCUUCGUCGUCUGUCUCGCUGAUGAUGAGUUCGAAUGCGGCGUUACGUGUUGAUUAGUGUACAUUUACACAACGGAAAUCUUGACAAACCGAUAUGUUCUAUCUCAAGCGAGUUUACAAGUAAAAUAUUGUAAUAAACUAAAUUAAAAAUGUGUUAAAUGUGAUCACGUUGAAGAGCACUGAGUUAUAAGGAGCAAUGUAGCGUUGCGGGCUCUCUUUGUAAGCUGGCAGCAACUCACUGGUGAGCACUAAUGAGUUUGGGACCAAUUAAAAUGUUUAGCUCUCUAAAAGUCUGUAAGUUGUGAAUGGCUCACUGAUGACCCCUGAUAGGGGUGAGAAUAUGUACAACACUGAUCCCUGCUCUAGUCUUUAAACUGCCAAUCGACUUGCUGAUGAGCCCCAAUGAGUAAUGAAGAGCGUUGAAGCCCUGAACUCAUUGGCAGUAUACUGCUGGGCAUGACUCACUGAUGAGCCCAAAUAUAGGAAUUUAAAACUCCGCGAACGUAGCUGCUCUGUGGCUUGCCUCGCACGCUGAUGAGACGUCCCUUCCCCCACCACCCCGAUAACAGUUCAAAUGUAUACUCUGAGCUCUCCUUGAUCUUCGGUCGUCGUUACGAGCUCUGUUGUUUGAGAUGAGCGUUGCGGAACACCCUUACAGAGGGGCCGAUCCGGGUUUUUAAAUAAUCGUUGGCGAUGUGACGCGUUACCACAAAGACAAAGGUCCCCCGUAUAGCCUUUAACAGAUUGUUGGGGCAAGUGCUGUUGGUGAGAACCUAUGAAGGCCGGUACGGCACACGAGGGGGUGGGUGGCCAACACCACGCCCGGCCGCCUUUGUCUCCCUAGUGGCAAUGUUUACACACUGUCACCAGGCAUUCAUUUGAGGCUGAGUCGACUUAGGAGAGGCCCAGGACCGGUUCAAAUAAUCGUCACCGGUGUUGGCCGUGAGCGGAAAUCGAACUCGGGUCGCCGGGUUCGUAGCGCAUUACCACACACACAGGCACACACACCUCGCACACUCACGUGAAGUGACAGAGGGCGCUACAAUCAGACGCACAAUGUUGCUGUUGGCAGUUUCGAAAACAUUCCCCUCCAGUCGCCGAUCAGUGAGGCUAAGAUGCUGGAAAUAAGGGGCCCGUGUCGUGGUGCGUGCCCUGUUCGAAGCGGUACGACUUGUGUAUGGUUGAUCGAUGUUCGGUCGCAGCUUGGAUUGCAUUCGUGGUUAAUUCUCACUUAUGGAAUGAAAGUCGCGGGUCGUGCACGGCCCACGAGUCGGAGGUUCCUUACACCUGUUUUGGGUACAGGUUUUACAAGGAUGCCUUUCACAUACAGUUUAUAUAUAUAUAUACUGCAUAUAUACAU